AAUCUUAAAUUCUAACCUCACACUCAAAAUUAAAUAAAAAAGUAUGUUUCGUAUCGUUUCGUAUCCUACCCGAAUCGAUUCAAAAUGGAUUAACUGCGGCUUAUUUUAAAGUAAAUUCGCUUCGAUACAACGGUUUAAGGGGUACCCACAGCAAACCGUCGAAGUUUACUUUAGAUAAAAUGAGGGUGUGCGUUCUUCCGGCGUUAACAGAUAAUUACAUGUACUUGAUUAUCGAUGAAAACACCAAUCAAGCUGCGGUUGUUGAUCCCGUUGAGCCCGAAACGGUUUUAAAUGCUGUUAAGGAAGAAAAAGUUAAUCUUACAAAGGUUUUAACAACACAUCAUCAUUGGGAUCAUGCUGGUGGUAAUGAGACUUUGAUCAAAAAAAGUAAAGGCGCCCUCCAAGUUUUCGGGGGCGAUCAUCGCAUCGGAGCCCUUACUAACGAAGUAAAACAUGGUGAUCAAUUUGCAAUCGGAGAUAUCCAUGUUACUUGUUUAUUUACGCCUUGUCACACCUCUGGACAUAUUUGUUAUUACAUGAAUUCAGCCGGACAACAACCUGCUGUAUUUACGGGCGAUACUUUGUUUAUUGGUGGAUGUGGAAGAUUUUUCGAAGGCACCGCCGAGCAAAUGUAUUGCUCGCUUAUUGAAAAACUCAGUAUGUUACCUGAUCAAACACGAGUUUUUUGUGGGCACGAAUAUACGUUACAAAAUUUGAAAUUCGCUCAACAUGUUGAACCUAACAAUAAAGUUAUUGAACAGAAAAUUGCGGAGGCGCAAGCAAAAAGAGAUAAUAAAGAACCCACGGUUCCAUCUACUAUUGGAGAUGAGAAAAAAAUUAAUCCGUUUAUGAGAGUUACGGAACCUUCUGUACAACAACACGCUGGAACUGGGGAUGCAAUUGAAACAAUGAGAUUAAUACGUAAAGAAAAAGAUACUUUUAAAGGUUAAGUAAUGAAGUGGGGGUUAUUUUUGAUUUAAAAAUUUGUGGAUGAAAGGUUAUUUUUUUUUUUAUUUUAGGAAAGCUAUAGAUUGCAUUUUUAGGGGUUUAUACGUAAUAAUGCUUGAUACUUUUUUAUGUAUAUUUUAUUAAAUAAUAAAUUGUUAUGUACAGAUUA